UAUCUAUUGUGUAGACUGUGGAAGUUUUCGCGCACCAUUUUUUCGUCGUUCACGACGAGACGAUGUCGGACGUAUUGAAAAACAUUUAAAUAUUGAUAAAUAUAUUUGUAAAAUAUUAAAAUUGAUUGUGAUCAAGCAGGAGUAUAAUUAAUCAGCAAACAAUCAUCGAGGAAAGCUCAGGUUUAAUGAGAAUCGUCUCGUCCCAGAUUGAGGCUUUAUCAAAUUUAAUACGCCAUGUUAACGCUUAUACGCUACGUCGCAUUGAUAAGCGCUUUAGGACUUUUGAUAAGCGACGUGGAUAGCAAGGAGCUUGCGGAUAGAAAAUGGUGGGAAACUACGUUGGUUUAUCAGAUUUGGCCUAGAGGAUUUCAGGACAGCGAUGGCGAUGGCGAGGGCGACCUGAAAGGUAUUAUUAAUCGACUCGAUUAUCUCAACAAUCUCGGAAUCGAGACAAUUUGGUUAAAUCCUAUUUACCCGUCGCCAUUGAUCGAUUCAGGAUAUGAUGUCUCUAAUUAUACGGACAUACAUCCUCUUUUCGGGGAUUUAAAUGUUUUCGAUAAUUUCAUACAAGAAGCACACAAUCGAGGAUUAAGAGUCAUUCUAGAUAUCAUUCCAAAUCAUUCCAGCGAUCAACACGAAUGGUUUCAAAUGUCGGCACAAAAUAUUGAGCCGUACACUGACUAUUAUAUUUGGACUGAUGGCAGAAUUGAUAAAAAUGGCACAAAUAUUCCACCGAAUAACUGGAUAAGCGCAUACGACGAUAGUGAAGGAUCUGCAUGGACAUGGCAUAAGGAAAGACAACAAUGGUACUAUCAUAAGUUUCAUGAUUCUCAACCGGAUCUUAAUUUAAGAAACGAGAAAGUGAUCGAAGAAUUGAUGGACAUAUUUGACUUUUGGUUAAAAAGAGAGGUUGAUGGUUUUGUAAUUAACGCGGUACCGUAUUUUUUCGAGGACGAAGCCUUAAAAAAUGAAUCCAAAAAAGGCAUUUAUACCUUUGGUCUUUCCGAGAGCACUGCUCUUCUUUAUACAUUUCGUAAAUACAUCGAUGAUUGGGUAUCGAUCCAUAAUAAAACAUCAAAGUUGUUAAUCGCGGAAUCAUAUGAUAUUACUGACGAUAAUUUAAUAGCAUAUUAUGGAAAUAGCACGCACAAAGGAAUUCUACCUUUCAAUUUUAAAUUUAUUACACAAAUUCGUAAUAGCAGUAGUGCUAGUGAUAUCAAACGUAUCUCGGAUGAAUGGAUCGAACUUCUUCCAGAAAAUUCUAAUACCAAUUGGGUGCUUUCAAAUCAUGAUAAUUCGAGAGUAGCCUCGAGAAUCGGUUUCAAUCGAGUUGACGGCCUUCAUAUGCUUAGUUUGCUUUUACCUGGACAAGCAUAUACAUAUUAUGGCGAAGAAAUAGCCAUGUUGGAUACGAAGAUAAGUUGGGACGAAACCAUCGAUCCCAUGGGAUGUGCCAGAGGCAUAAACAACUAUGAACAUUUCUCGAGGGAUCCAGCGAGAACUCCCAUGCAAUGGAAUUCUGAAAUUUCAGCUGGUUUCUCAAAAAAUAUAACUACGUAUCUCCCUGUUUAUGAUUAUAUCAACAAUGUGGAAAUGCAACAAAAUAAAAGCCAGAGUAAUUUAAAGACGUAUAAAGAACUGGCUAUUCUGAGAAAGAAACCAGUUUUUAGAAAUGGAGCUUAUGAGCUUAAAAGUUUGAACAAUGAUCACGUGUUGCUGUUAAAAAGAUUCUUGGAAAAUUAUCCAGAAGAGCUAUACAUUAUUGUAAUUAAUUUGGGUUUGCGGCGAGAGAAGAUUAAUCUGACCUCUGUAUAUCCUAAUUUAGAUGAAACUUUAGAGAUUGUUGUAGCUUCUAGCAAUGCAAUUCGCAACACAAAUGGUGUUCCACGGGAUAAUUUUGUAUUAACGGCAAACGCCGCAUUUGUUUUAAGAGGUCAAAAAGAAAAUGAACAGACUUCGACUGAAUCCAGCACAACGGCAAGAAACGAUACAUCUUCCAUAACCGAGACAACCAAUUCUACUGAAAGCACGACGCAAAAUGGAACAGAAUCUGAUAAUGCAGCGUCAAAUUCUACACCUAUAUUUCAAAUAAUAAUAAGUGCCAUUAUAAUUGUAAUAGCACAAAUUUUAUAAUUAAUAUAAGCAAAAAAUAAAAAUGUAUAUAAUAAAAAUAGACUAAAUAUAUACAUACAAGACGC